AGCUGGGAGCAGAUUUUUCGUUUGGCACAGAAGUCUUGGAACCUGUCCUAGCUGGUGGGGUAUCCCAGGGACAAAAGACAUACCUGUGUGCACACAGCUAUUCAUUUUUAUUUCUUAAGACUGUUUUACUUUGCAGCAUAAUGCAUGGGAGAGGCAUAGUAGCUAACUAAACUGGAGAAUCAACUGAUUCUUGUUUGGUUUUCCUCUUGUUUGUAUAGGUUAUCAGAUAUUUGUGUAAUGUGUACCAGACUGCACACUUCAACAGGCAACUCAAAGAGACUUCGCCAUUAACCCUCCAUAUUACAUCGUUAAGUCCUAAAACUGAUGGUUAGGGUAUUUUUGGGAUAGGGUAUAAAGGUGGUUACUGCUGCUUCAUAAAUAAUUGGUUAUUCAUUACUGCUGUUCUACUUUAGACCAGGAAAGAUUGGUAACAUCAUUUUGCCUCCAUUUAUAUAUCUUGUUCUAUAAUAGUUGGGAUGCUUUUACAGAAGAUUGUGUCACUUUAUCCUUUAUUGUGCCCAGGAUAUCCUCUGAAAAUGCUACAGCUAGAAACUUAAGAGGAUCAUUGGGACUGAAAUCACUUGAUAUUCUGUGGAACUACAAGCCUAAGCAAAAUCUGUUUUCAGGCAAAUCUUUUAUUCUCAUCUGAAGUUAAUAGAAGUUGUGAACCUGUCCAUAGUGACUCUUUUAUCUGGAUUCUAAAGAGUAAAAGAAUGCACGGAGAGAACUGAUGAGAGCCCAGGCAGGAGAGAAACUGCAGCCAAAUGACAAAUUCUGAAUUUAAGAGAUUGUUGGAUGAUGGAGCGUUCCUGGCACAGGGCUGCUGGUUCUGACUAUUGUGCAGCCACACACACACCAGAAAGCGCCAUUCCUCUUCUGGCAGACCAUGCUUUCUGGGGAUGCUAAUGCUGCUUGUGUAUGAGAUAAGUGAUGACUCUCAACAUGGGAAAGAUGUGGGCUGCUGCCAGAUCUGCUGGCAGUUGCAGUUUCUUGGCUGCUGUUUUCGGUGAGCGAGCCGAGAGCGCCGAGCAGCAGCAAGAGGAGGAGGGCUGCUGCUGUGUGGCGGAGAGGCAGCAACAGCAGCGGCAGCAGCACCUUUGACGUGCCCGUCCCCCACGUGACGGCCACUCCAUUGCGGGGAGGGAGCUGAGCUGAGCUGAGCUGCCGCUGCUCCGGCAGAGCAAGGGGGAGCCGCAGCCUCGGCGGCGGCGGCGGCACCGGCAGCAGCGCCUCCGCCCGCAGUGCGUGUGUGUGUGUGAUGAGCGAUCGCCGCGUCCCUCCGCCCGCUGCCGGCUGACACGGACCGCGCGGGGCGCGCCAGGAGCAGCAGGAGGAGGCACGGAGCCGCGGCCACCGCGCAGUGACCUUGGCCCAGGAGUGUGACGUUCAGAAGCAGAUCAAACUUGUGGGACAUGGCACAAGGAAAUAAUUAUGGCCAAAGCAGCAAUGGGGUGGCUGAUGAAUCCCCAAACAUGUUGGUGUACAGAAAGAUGGAAGACGUCAUAGCCCGCAUGCAAGAUGAGAAAAAUGGGAUUCCUAUUCGUACAGUCAAAAGUUUUCUUUCCAAGAUUCCCAGUGUCUUUUCUGGUUCAGACAUUGUUCAAUGGUUAACGAAGAACUUAUCCAUAGAAGACCCAGUGGAAGCUCUACAUUUGGGAACACUGAUGGCAGCACAUGGUUAUUUCUUUCCAAUUUCAGACCAUGUUCUAACGCUAAAGGAUGAUGGCACCUUUUAUCGAUUCCAGACACCCUAUUUUUGGCCAUCAAAUUGUUGGGAGCCGGAAAACACAGACUAUGCUGUUUACCUCUGCAAGCGGACAAUGCAAAACAAAGCAAGGCUAGAGCUAGCAGACUAUGAAGCUGAGAGUUUGGCCAGACUACAGCGAGCAUUUGCUCGGAAAUGGGAGUUUAUUUUUAUGCAAGCUGAAGCACAAGCAAAAGUUGACAAGAAGAGAGACAAGAUAGAGAGGAAGAUCCUUGACAGCCAGGAGCGAGCAUUCUGGGAUGUGCACCGGCCGGUGCCUGGAUGUGUAAACACUACUGAAGUGGAUAUAAAAAAAUCUUCAAGAAUGAGAAAUCCACAUAAAACAAGAAAGUCUGUCUAUGGCUUACAAAACGACAUUCGAAGUCACAGCCCUACCCACACACCAGUACCAGAGACUAAGCCACCCACAGAAGAUGAACUACACCAAGAGAUUAAGCACUGGCAAAUGCAAUUAGACAGACAUAGAUUAAAAAUGUCAAAAGUUGCAGAGAGUCUAUUAGCUUAUACAGAGCAGUAUUUGGAAUAUGAUCCCUUUCUUGUGACCCCUGAUCCCUCAAACCCUUGGAUAUCAGAUGACACCACUUUCUGGGAACUGGAGGCAAGCAAAGAGCCAGGACAACAGAGGGUGAAACGAUGGGGGUUUGGCAUGGAUGAAGCUUUGAAAGACCCUGUGGGAAGAGAGCAGUUUCUCAAAUUCCUGGAGUCAGAAUUCAGUUCAGAAAAUUUAAGGUUCUGGUUAGCAGUAGAGGACCUGAAGAAGAGGCCUAUCCGUGAAGUUCCUUCUCGCGUCCAAGAAAUCUGGCAAGAGUUUCUUGCUCCAGGUGCACCCAGCGCUAUCAAUCUAGAUUCAAAAAGUUAUGACAAAACCACGCAGAAUGUAAAGGACCCUGGAAGAUACACAUUUGAAGAUGCUCAGGAGCACAUUUACAAACUGAUGAAAAGUGAUUCUUAUCCUCGUUUUAUACGAUCCAGUGCCUACCAGGAGCUGCUACAGGCCAAGAAAAAGUUGGAAAACACUCUGGAUCGUCGAACAUCUUUUGAGAAAUUCACACGCAAUGUGGGCAGAAACAUCCCUAUUUUCCCAUGCCAUAAAAACUGUACACCAACACUGAGGGCGAGCACUAACCUGUUAUGAAAAGAGGGGAAAUCGCUCACAUCAAAGAGGUUAACCAGUCUAGUGCAGUCCUACUAAAAGGAUCACCUUGUAGCAUGGAAGCAGACUCAAAUCAUUAUACAUACUUUGUAGCUCACUGAUUGCCUGACUCAGAGGACAGUAGAACAAGAUGUUGCAUGAGCAAGGACCUGACUUGUUUUCUUUUGUGUAUACUAAGGCAUUACAGACUCCGAGGGACUCUCUAGCCUUUCGAUGCCACCAUUUCGAAAACUGUCUGCUCACUUCCUCCUUCAUAUCAAGCUGGAUCUGUGUCUUUUUAUUUUCUGCAAGCUCAAGUACAGUGAAAAAAAAGCUUCUGCUAGGCACAGUUUAUUAAAAAAAAAAAAAAAGUCAAUCAAAACCUGGAAGAAAUGUAAAAAAUGCAUAUAUUAAUAAAUAUACAUAUGGCAUCACAUUUAUUGCACAAUAAAUUAGCACAGAAGGUUUCAUUUCACUGAUGUAUUCACAUUGAGAAAGAAAGCCUGUGUCUUUGUCUGUUGUCUGUAUAUUCUCUGUUAAUGUUUCUUGCAUUUAUUUUUAUACCAUAUUUAAAAAAGAACACCUUUUACUCCAGAUGUAUUAAAGCUGAUCCUUUCUCUGUAAAUUUGUGUAUGUUUAUAUUGUUGUUUUAUCUUUCAUUAAAAGAUGCAGAAUCUCUUUCCUUUGGGAAGUUUGAGAUUUUAAUAUUGAAUCUGAAGAUUAGUCAAGAGCAAAAUCAUCCCCAAAAGUUACACACCUUGUGCUUUCUAAAAAGUGACAUGAAAUGGCAUUUUCUUUCUCUCAGUGACACCUAAUCAAACACACUUUAUUGAUAAUCAUUUACUUUUUCUUUUCUUUUUAUCAAGCUAGCAGCAGAGAGACCUUUCCAGCUUGCUCAUCAUUACAUAAGCAAACUUUUCGUUAAGCUAGACCCGUUCUGUCAUAGUGCAGCCUGCACAGUGAUUCAGUCGCUACCCAAGACCAGAUCGACUGAACUGAAUUUCUUUAGGAAUGGACAUGAACAAAGCUGGCUGAGAACACAAGUGUAUGCUUGCUAAACAGGAAGGACAGUGUUUCUUUCUCCUUGUCACCUGUGAUCCAAUGCAACGUUUUAAACUGAAAAGGUAGUGGUUUGGGAGUGUUAAGUGUACUGUCUGUAGAGCAAAACCUUGGUUAGUAAUCCAAGAAGCUGUCAUUUUAAUUCAAGGGCUCUGUUCAGGUGUGCUGUUGAAUGUCUACUGCUGAGGUUACUCACAGAGACACCUAUUGACAGGUUUGUGAGAGCACGUAGACAUUUCCCAGGAGGUUGCAGAUAUGGAUCUUUUGAAGCUAAACUGAGCUGUAACCAGAAAUAUCUGCUUGGCCUAAGAAACAGCAGUUUUGACUGGCAGAAAUGAGGUAAGGAUGGUAGGCAGAACUCUUGAGUUGAAAAACAAUGAGUCAAACAACAAAAUGCUGAUACCUUCAGGGCAUUAUACAGUGCAUAGGACAAAUAAGCCUUUUUAGCAAUGCACAGGAUAGGCUCAGGACAGCCAACUCUAGCACCAUCUGUCAUACUGACUUUGGUUUGAUAUUGAGGAACAGGAGUCUUGUUUUGAAGGGACUACCAAACCUAAAAAUGCACAAAGUGGGACAGUCAUAGACACGAUAAGACAAUAAAUUUGAAUACAGUAAUGCUAGAGUCAUCUCAUUUAACAUCAGAUACCUACCUGCAUUGUUGCUGCUAGGGACAGGGCUCUUGCACCGAGCAGCUGUGGGCAGAAGGGAGCUGAGCUGCCUUCUGCAGGGAAUGCUCACUUCUCUGCUGGCUCUGUCGGUAGCCUGGUGCAGCCAUAGCCCUGGCUGCAGCAUCUCAAAAGAGGUAGCCUGGAUGAACCCAGGACAAAAUGCAUUAUAGAUCACUGUGAAUGAAUGUUCCCCAGGUUUAGCUGAGUUGGGGUUUCUGGAGGUUUGGAAUUUUUAUUUAUUCUUUGUUUUCUUGUGCCACUGUGUUUCUGGUUUCUAGCUAGGAUGAUAAUCACGGCUUUCAAGUGUCUCAGGUUUUGUUUGCAUAAUUCCACCAAGCUUUUAUCAUAAAACACUGGAAAUGCCCAAUGAGAGCUUGAAUUUGUCAUGAGCUCCAUCUAGGUCAACUCAAAAUAUUCACAGUCUAGGGAGGCCAGAUGAAUUUUAAUAGCCACACUGAACCCCAGAUCUUAAACUCUGAGAUUUAAUUUUCCUUUACCACAGAAAUGCAAGCUCUGAGGCAUGAACUUGAGGCCAGGCAAUCCACAGAAAUGCAAGCUCUGUUUCACUUCUUAGUGCCAAAUAGAGGUAUUUCUUUCCAAACUCCUGCUGCCACCAAUUGCAUCAGCUGGUAUAUUGCCUGUUUUGCCUUAGGAGUUAACUAACUAGAUACCAGCAUCUGCUUUGAAGAAUCACUCCCUUCAAAUAACUAAUGUUUCAAAUUCAUGCAGUAGGUACUCCAUGCAACUUUUCCCUACGAUUUCUCUCUUCCCUCCCACCCCCACCCCAAGCACUUUGCAGCACCAACUGGCUGAUUAAAAGAUGUGAAGCAUUUGUAUCCCUGAACCCAUUUUGUACUUGUGCUAGUUCUUUCCUUUCAAUAAAUACAAAGUCACUAUUGAAUGGCUGUCUUUCCCUGGAUUUGCACAGGUUUUAACACAGUGUCUGUAAAGUAAAAAUAUGCAUUACUCAUAAGGAUUUCAAAGUAGUCAGGGAGCUGUAUUAAGGUUUCAUUUGAGUUUAGUUUCAAGUGAUGCAACUUAAUUAUUUCAUGAAUGAAUUUGGCCCAAACAAAAUCUGUCCUACCACCAGCUGAUUUUUAAAGGGUUUGCCUGCAACCUUUUGAUACUUUACCUGAUCACUGUCACCUGCCGGUGAUACCAUACUUGGACUGGAAACUCCAAGUAGGCACAAACUUCCUUUUGCUUCCCCACAGAGAAAAGCUAAAUAUCUGUUGCCACAUUUAUAUGAAGAUCCACUUCCAGAAUUAAGAUUAACUCAGAUUAAGGCUUGUUUGUACAACCACCAAGCAGCUGAAGUACGAAUUUGGUUACACAGUGGUAAACCUGUUAGGAAUUUCAGUGAGGCCAGUAGUCUGCUGAGGUAAAAAGGACCAAGAGAGCAACCCAAUCUGGAGGGACCAUAUUUCUUGUCUCCUGGGGAAGAGCCAUCAAUCAGUGCCAUCUGGCUUUGCCCAGGAAGCUGCAAAUACCCUCUGUUGGGAGAUAUUAAUUGUAAUAUUCAUUAAAAUAACAACUUGGUGCUAGGGACUUCCAUCUGAAAAGCUGGGGUUCAUCAGACAGUCUUGUUCCUCAUACAUCCUUGUGCAUAAAACAACUCUUAAGCCUACAGGGGAAAGAAUUGUUUGCUGAUGAUGCUGCACCCUUGAGAUGGCUUUGUGCUCCCAGACCAGCCUGGGAAGGAAAACGGAUGGUGGGACAGAUGGGAGCUUCCCUAGCACCUACCUAACAACAGCAAAACCUUCACCCAUUCUUCUGUAAGGUGCAAUUGAUAACUGUUCUUCAACCCUACAAAACCAAAGAGGGAGGAACAAGGCCUUAAACAGUGACAAGAGAAAUUGCAAAAUGCUUAGCUGAAACAGUAAUGGAGACCGGCCAAAAAAUAAUGAGGUGGAGGUGAAUACAGGAGUAAGAAGUGGGAGUUAAUUGUGGUGACCAGAACAGAACCGACAAGGGAGGAGAACUGGGGAACUGAGUAAUGAAGAUCAAGAGGCAGAAUGCAGCUGAUGCAUUCCCAGCCUGUUAGCCGCAGCCAUGCAGAGCUGGAAUCUCAAAACCCCGCAAAAGUCAGACAAGAUCAACUGCAGCUGGCCCUUUAAUGACAUUUUUUUUCAGCUAGAAAGCAAUUAAUACCAAGUAUCUCUAAUUGCCUUUUUUCAGAUUGCACCCCUUAUAUUGUUUGAAAUAAUGAGAUAAAUGCCAAAUGGUCCCCCGAGAAAUAACAAACUGGAGGGCUAAAAUCAUUUCCAGAAAAUGAGACUUAUAGGAAUGCAUUUAGGAUGUUCAUUUAUUAAGAAAAGAAAAUAAUGCCAAAGCAGACAACUAAACUGAGAGAAGGCUGUUUUCUAAGGUAACUGGAAUGAGGAGUUGGGAAUGACCAGUGAUUUAUGUGUAGCUUUUCCAAUUAUUUAUCUUUAUGCUAAGUGAUUAACAGCUGUUUGAAUUUAGAUUUUUAAAUUACCAUAUUUUUAAUGUCCCUUUUAGCUAGAGAUGUUGUGCACAGAACUAACACUGGACUUACUAGGUGCAUAAACAGGAGUUUUUCUAAAGGAAAGUUAAUAGCUAUAGGGACAUAUCUAAAAUAAAGUUUUAAUCCCAAGAUGUUCAAUGGAAAUUAACAACAACUUCUUUGAACAUAUUCCAUGUCCACAAUUUAUAUAAGCAAGUUACAAAGUGGUUGUGAAUCGUACCAAUCUGCCUUUUGAUCUGACGGUGUUGAAUAGAUUAAUGCUUUUGUCUCCUGUGAGUUGAAGGUAGGCUGAAUUCCCAAUAUCAAAGAGAUGGAGGGGAAGCAAGGAUGAUCUCUCUGAGGCUGAGCUCCCCCUCCUUGUUCUGUUCUGGGCUGUAGAGUCCUCGGGUGACGUGUACACAUAAAUGGGUUUUGUUUGUACAGGCAUCAGCUUGAGAGCUGCAGAGUCUCUCCAGUCAUUAUCUCUGCCACUAUGAAGUUUAUUUCCUGGUAUCUAAACUAAAUCUUCUCUGCUUCAAUUUAUCCUUUUAUUUUUGACCAGGCUGCUACAAUCACUAUAGUAAAAUGUUCCCUACCUUUUUGCUCAACUACAUAAAUGGCCAUUGUAACAUUACAGCCUUCUGUGCUUUCUUUGCUGGUGUUUUCUGAAGUGUGAAUGACUUCAUUGCUCUCCUCCAGGCUGGGCAGUGUUACAGCUUUCUUGGAGGACAGGGCCCAGAGCAGGUUGCAGGGCUCCCACCCAGGUUUUACAGGAGGAAGGCGGAGGAUUGCUGUUGUACUUCUGUCUGUACACACAGCCAUGGGGCUUGCCUUUUUUGCAGUAGAUGGCCACUACUGAACUGUGCUAGCUUACGUAUGUGGCACGGUGAUGCCCAGAUCCUUUGCACUAAAACACAGAUGGUUGUUCCUCUUUGUGCGUAGCUGACUCUUCUUGGGUCAGUGAGACCUCUUCUGUUGUCCACUGAGUAGUAUCCGCAUUUUUAAGACCAUCUAUCUCUUUUCCCAAGAUCACUUUCCUUUUUUGAUUCUAACCUGUGAAAUACUUGUAGUCCUUUUACCUGUGGGUAUCUUUAUGUGUGGGUGAGAGUGAGGAAAUCUGUGGCCUGAUUCUCUAAGGCAUGAAUGAGAGCGAGUACUGUCGUCACUAUUUGCCAUAAGGGAUCUGUAUGUAUAAAUUGUUAAGAGAAAUUGCUGUGACAAUAAAUCCUGAGAACCUGCUCAAAUGCGAGAUGAUAGUCCUUAUUUACAAGUGUGGACAUGGACAGUAAAUAUCAAAUAUUAAGACACGAUUGUAAAUGUUACCUUGUUAGUGGCAUUUGCACAAUUUUUAUUGUACUUUUUCUUUGCUCCCAGAAUAUAUUCUGCUGCAUUCACCUUCAUUGGCUCCUUUUUGAUUUGGCUAGAUUUUGAAAUCUCUCAUUAGCUUCAUUACAGAUGUCAGCUUUCAAAAUAGAUACUGUUUACCACCCUUCUGCUUAACCUCGUGGCUGCUUCUUCUGCAUGUAUGUCACAUAAACGAGGCAUUUAAUUAUGCAUAUAUCUUAUAUAUCCACCUCUUUAUGCCUUUCCCCCUUUCCUUUUUAACAGAUGUGUGGCAAUGGCAUAUUUAGUGUAACUUACUUUUCUACCUUUCUGCUGAGAGGAAUGUAUAACCUGAAAUCUCUGACCCUUUCUGAUGCUCUUAUCUUUGUAUGACUCAUCUUUUCUUUUAGACUCUCUUUCUUCUCCUCCCCCUCAGUAACAUCUUUUUUAGGAUUCUCCAUCUUUUAUGUUUCUUUUCCUUUGUUCCCCUGAUCCUUGCUCCAUUGAUCCCUCCUGUGUGUUCCUGCGGUGCUCACUAAUGCUCUUUACACUUACCUCCUCUGUUUUAUCUUUCUUGGAAUUGAAAGAAAUUACAGGGGGAAAAAAAAAGAAAGAAAAAGCAUUAAAGGAAAGGCAGGUCAGUGCUAGGGCCAGGGCUGAGGCAGUUGUAGAACAUGCUUCUGACUGUGGCCUGAUCUCAGGGCACCAUCCUGCCCGUGGCUGCCUGCCUUUCCCUUCCUCACCUUGCUUCCACCAGCUCUCCACUCCUCCUCCAGCCACUGCUGCCCCAAACUCCUUUCUCUUGGAGGUGUUGCUGGGGAUUCAGACAUAACCACACAGAGGCAUUUCUAAACACCUGAGGUACUUCCCUAAGCUCCUCUGUGCAUCAGCCAGAAGAGGUUCAUAAAAUCUUUACUUUGACUGGCAGCAGGAUUAAGGAUUAACCGUUUAACAGCUGGUCUGGCAUGCCAUGGCAUGGCAACAGAUCACGGGGUGGCUGUUAGUAAUGUUACCACCUUUGUUUAAACUGUUCUCCAAGUCUCUCUGUAAAGCCCUUGUACCAGGAGGGUCACACCCUCAGGUGUCUCUGGGCUGGAGGAAGGAAGGGGGCAGGUACUCAUGUCAUUCACUCCAGGAAUUGCAGUUCCAAAUAAAUUGGGAGCUUCAGUUUCUUUCAUGGUAACAGCAAGGUGAGGGAGGUCCACAGAGUGAUGCAGAGCACCUUGGUCUCCUAUCAAAGAGUCUGGGAGGCAGGAAGGAAGAUUUAAGCCCACAACUAGGAAAUAUUUCUAAAUCCUGAUCUAUACUGGUCUGGGAGGUAGCUGCAGUGAAGAUAGCGAAUGGGCUUAUGGAAGCUCAUGUUGUACCUAAAUCACAGGUAAGGUUUUGGGGUGAGGGGCUUAUAAAUGUGGAAUUUCAUCAAUGGAUAGACUUUAUUUUAAACAUUCUAGUGUUUUAAAAGGUAACACUAGCAGCAAAGUAAACUGCGAAAGAGACAGUGCAGAUGGUUAGGUAUUGCAAGGGAAUUGGUUUCCAGAAAGUUGGGUUUAGGGAACAGUUAAGGUUGUAAUUCCUAGGUCAGUUUGGGUAGCUCCAUUUCCCUUUCCUCCACCCCACCUGAAGUACUUCAGCAACCUUGCUGGGUUCCUGACGAGCAAGGCCUUGCCUAAUCUCUCUUCCAUUGCUUUCCUUAAUCUUUUUCCUCAUCUUUUUCUGUCACUGUUGGACACCCCAGGCAUGAGGCAGUAACUGCUGCUGCUCUCCCACCAGCGCAUUUGUAUGCAGGGAGGGAUUUUCAUUUCUAUGUCUAUUUUCUUCCUAUAAUAAGAAGACUUAAAAUGUCACACUUAUAUUUUGUUCCAAAGGGCUUCUUCCCAGGGCAAUUCAAGUCAUAUAGGCCCAUACAACCUACUGUUUCUGUAUACUUGUGUAUUAAUUGAUAUUCAUUUUAUUCGGAAAAAAAAUAGCAAAACCAUAACAAAAAUGUGGAAGGUAUGAAUUUUAGAUAUUUAUUCUGCUGUUUGUCAGAGCUGAGUGGAACAACAAAUUGGCCUUUACUCUCUGCUCAAACCCCAUUGCUGUGUUAAAAGUACACUUUGGGAUUCCCAUCUGCAAGGGGCAUGGAGUAUCUGCUGACCUUUCAGUGCCUCUUCUGGCAUCUCUCACUGUUUCUUGCUGCCCCAAACUCCCAGCAUACUUACACUGAAAUCAGAGAUGUGAAACAUGUAAGACUGACUUUAAAGUAUACUUGCCCUUUGCUCAGCAGGUACACUUGUGCUUGCUAGCUGGAUGUCAGUCGUGGUACCCUUUUGGUACUGUAGCGUGGGUUUGGGGGUUUUUUUGAAAGAUGGUUUGGACUUCUCCUGCCCCAGACCACACCACGUACUGGGAAGUCACCUUUCUUUCUCGAAAGCUUUUGAAGGCAACCUCUUUUCACCAACUGCAUGGACUAGGAAGAGUGGCUUUGAUACCUUUGUGUCUUUUAAUGAGAAAGAAAAAAGCAAGGGUUUGUAGGCCAGAAGACCUCGAGGAAUAAAACAGAGAGAGAGAGGGAGAGGAAAGAGUGUUAAUAAUUUAAAAAGAGCAUUAGAGUAACAGCUGGGAUAGUGAAAUCAAGCCCACCACCUGCCUCUUGUUAUGGCUAUUGUUUAUUUCUCUACCUUGAGAGCACUCAUGGAUGGCUGCUGUGCUCCUACUCUGUGUGUUUAAUGCUGUGAUCAGUGAAGUAUCAGGAGAAAAUGGAAGAGGAGCAAGAGACCACAGGGCACCUGUGUGUUUGGUGGCACUGCCUGACAUGGGGGUCAGCAAUGGGAAGACAGGAGGACUUUGUUCUUCAUACCCUUCAAGCCAUGUAGAACCUGCUGCUUUUAUUUUUCAUCUAAACAGAGAUUUUGGACGUGCUGCCCCAAUUGUGUUGUGUGAAAAAAAGAAGGCCCUUCUAUGCCCAGUGGGGUGAAGAAGUCCAAUGUUGCCCAUAGAAUCUGCAUUCUUUUCCAGUUCCUGAAAGCUCCUGCACUGGGAUAGAGCUCAUUACUCCUCAUUAUUGAGGCCUCAUGGUCUCGUGCAUGCCACAGCAGCAGCAGCUGCCUACUUCUUACUCUGGCAGAAACGAGCCGUCAGCAGCAGUCCUUCCUGUGAUGCAGAAAUGGCUUCUUCUAACAGUGAGCCCUCCUGGAUACUCUUCUGUCAUAUUGAUACUGAUAAGGUAGCACCAGCAUGGCUGGUGUAUCAGCGCUGUUCUUGUUCAAUACUGCUAAAAUUUUAAUUCUACUAAGGAAAAAUGAGUCAUCUGAAUGGUAUUACUUACUUUGACUUGUGUAAAUGCUGAUUAUAGAAAAUACUGAUUAUAGAAAUUGGAUGGGACAUUUUUGGUAUCCACUAUAGCCCCUUAUUUGGAAAAUGUAAGUAGAGCAUAGAAUCAGAAAGGAAGAAAGUUAAAAUAACCUUCUUAACUUUUUCCCUGCAAUAGUUCUGAAGUGAUCAUAUGCUGCCUCUUUCUAUUUAAUUUUUUCCCUUGCUGUGUCUUGCUGACUUUCAUGCCGAGAACCGAUGUUCAUAGGAAGCAGACAAACCCCGUUUAAUUUUCCUCUUCUAAACCCUGAGCCACGGUGAUGGUACAAGUCGCUGGGCAGCAACUGCAGUUUCACUUCCAGCAUCAGCAACCAAAACAUUUGCCAGCUGUGUGUAACACAGCUGCCCCUUAAAUCCUGCUCCUCAGGAGCCGGGAGGAAGGGACGGGGCCUGGAGAUAGGGACGGGGCUGGGGGCGCAGCGCUGCGGCAGUGACACCUGGCGGGUGCUCGCGGCGCAAAGGCUGCUCGCGGCGCAAAGGCUGCUCCCGGCAGCCCCGAGUGGGAACACACGGGGGAAGGGGGAGGUUGGAUCCUGCCCCUUCCCACAGAGGCGCUGCCUGCCCUGUGCUCUGCCGCUGCAGCUGCUUCUCCUCGGGAAGGAGCGGAGUCCCGAAGCGAAAAUGCAGGCAGAGGCAGACAGGGGCGCGGGAGCUGGAAGUGAGCAGUAGGUGCCGAAUAGAAGGCAGUUGAUGUGCUGAGGCUGGCGUAGAAUUGCAUCGGCUCAAUAGAAGUGGAUGAGAUCAGCGCGAGUUUACUGAUCAUGAAAUUUACUACAUUUUACUUUACGUCACACUUUACAUUUCAUCUUAAUGGUUUUAAGCUGAAAGCGGGGAGAUUUAGAUUACAUAUUAGGAAAAAAAUCUUCACUAUGAGGGUGGUGAGGCACUGGAACAGGUUGCCCAGAGAAGUUGUGGCUGCACUAUCCCUGGAAGUGUUCAAGGAUAAGUUGGACGGGGCUUUGAGCAACGUGGUCUAGUGUAAGGUUGGAACCAGAUGAUCUUUAAGGUCCCUUCUAACUCAAACCAUCCUAUGAUUUCAUGAUUCUUCAUGUCUCAAUGAAAAGAACAUGGAAUAUUUUGGUUAGAUUACACCAGAGGAGGGCGUCUCUGUUAAAACGGUUCCCAGAAACCAAUGUUGCUGCGGUACAAUGAAUUAAUUCUAGGUCUUUGGGAUUGUAUCAGGAUACAUUUGGCUUGUCUCAAGUUGACUUCAGUAGCUUUGAGCACUGAUUUAAAUAAUGAAAAGUCAGUGUUGUGCCACUGAAUGUAACAGGAGCCUGAAAUGAAGAAGAAACGACGACAGCCAGUACGUCAAGGUCUGGUUUGACUCUGGAGACAUGCAGAGGCUGAAGACUGAUGGAAGAAUUAGUUACACGGAUUUGACUGCAAGUGUCUGAGAAAGCCUGGGUAUGUUCCUGGGAGGAAACAGCAGAAAGCCCCCUCCAGCCGGCUGUCCAUGGGCAAGGUGGGCUUUGAAGUCAUGCAUGGGGGUGCUGCUUCCAGUUGUUCCCCUGAUUGCACCCAGGACACUGGGAUUUGGGUCCUGUGAUCUGUAAGCAAAUAGGCUGGCCAGAAGGAAACCCACUCCCAUCUAGUUCUGGUUUCAGGGGGACUCUCUUGGCGAAGGCUAAAAUAUCAGUGGUUAACCACUACCAAACUGCAGUGGUAUGGUCUUUACAGUUCUCCAUGCUUCAGUUGCCAUCUGUACCUAAGAAUGAAAAUGAGAAACCAAAUAUAAAAACUGUGCUUGAAUUUCA